GCGCAUGCGCAGCCUAGAGGCGGGCGCGGUGGUGCCGCGGAGGGCGAGGUUGUGUUUGCACGGCGGUACUUUGAGGCUCACGUUGCUGCUAACGUGCGGGCUCUGAGCCGUGCGCCAGGCCCGGCGCGGCCCUGCCCUGCUGCUGGUCUACAGAAGGUGUAAAAUCAAAUAGGAUUCCACACCAGGAAUACUUGAUGCUGUUCGUUUGGUGUCAUGUCUACUUAGAAGGGAAUUGGAUGAGCUAGAGCCAGAAUUAUUACACAUUUAAGUUACUUGUCAAGUUGGCUUGAAAAAGCAGAAGAUGUUUCAUGUUCGGUAUCAGCAUCUAAAAUUAAUAAGCCAGAACAUUAGUUCUAGUGUACAUCUAAAGUUGAUUUUUCCAAGAACUCUUGCAUUUGCACAACUAUGGAAGUCAUGGCUCUCAACUCUCUCUUUUGUUGGAGAUCAGAAUAUUGUCCUGAUGGGACCUCCUGGAGCUGGGAAAACAACAGUUGGGAGAAUAAUAGGUCACAAACUUGGCUGUCGUGUCAUAGAUGUGGAUGAUGAUGUCCUUGAAACAACCUGGAAUAUGAGUGUGUCAGAAAAAUUGCAGGAUGUUGGUAGUCAGCAAUUUAUAGAAGAGGAAGGAAAAGCCCUGUUAAAGUUUUCAGCAUCUGGAAGUGUAAUUUCCCUUUCUGGGUCUAAUCCAAUGCAUGCUGCCAGCAUGCAGCACGUGAAGAAAAAUGGGAUUGUUGUGUACCUUGAUGUACCCACUAAAGACAUAAUUAAUAGGCUGGAAUUAAUUAAAGUGGAUCGUGUAGUGGGGCAGGAUUCUGGAAAUUCUAUAGGAGACAUACUUCAGUUUAGGAAGCGGUUUUAUAAAAAAUGGUAUGAUAUCCGUGUUUUUUGUGAACGUGGACUUACAGCAGUGGCUGUAGCAAAUAAAGUCCUUGAUGCAGUAAAGAGAUAUCAAGAUACGGAAUCAGAAACUUUUAUUUCAACCAGACAUAUAAGGUCUGAAGCAUGUGAGCAAAAAGGCUCUGUUAAAUAUUUCACUGACGCUGUUGUUGAGGGUCUAGCAUCUGAUGGUGGACUCUUUGUUCCUGAGAAGGGUCUUCCAACAUUCACUGCUGGAGAAUGGCAAAGCUUAGUAGAAGCAACUUAUGUUGAAAGAGCUCUGAUUAUAUUGGAAAGAUUUAUACAUCCAGCUGAUAUACCUGCUUUCAAACUGGGAGAAAUCGUUGAGAUUGCUUAUGGAGAAAACUUUACGUGUUCUAAAAUUGCCCCUCUUAGGCAUCUGACAGGCAACCAAUUUCUUCUUGAGUUAUUUCAUGGACCCACAGCCUCAUUUAAGGAUUUGGCAUUACAGUUGAUGCCUCAUCUAUUUGCAUACUGUGUUCCCAAAAGAUGCAAUUACUUGGUUUUAGUAGCUACUUCUGGAGAUACAGGCAGUGCAGUCCUGGAUGGUUUUAGUCGUCUUAGUGAUACUGACAAGCAAAGAAUUGCUGUGGUCACCUUCUUUCCUGAGGAUGGAGUAAGCCAGAUUCAGAAAUCACAGAUGAUUGGCUGCCAAAGAGAAAAUGGGUGGUCAGUGGGUGUCAAAUCUGAUUUUGAUUUUUGCCAGACAGCUAUAAAACAAAUAUUUACUAAUUCUGAUUAUUCUGGCUUUCUUACUGUAGAAUAUGGAACAACUUUAAGUGCAGCAAAUUCUAUAAAUUGGGCUCGACUACUUCCCCAAGUGAUUUAUCAUGUUUCUGCCUACCUUGACCUUGUUCAUCAAGAUAUUAUUACUUUUGGAAGCCCAAUAGAUGUGUGUGUUCCUACAGGAAACUUUGGCAACAUAUUAGCUGCAUUGUAUGCAAAAAGGAUGGGAAUCCCUAUCAGAAAAUGUAUUUGUGCUUCCAAUGACAAUAAUGUUUUGACAGAUUUUAUAAGAACAGGUCUCUAUGAUUUAAGGGGAAGAAGAUUAGUACAGACUUCAUCACCAGCAAUAGAUAUUUUGAAGUCUUCCAAUCUUGAACGACAUUUACAUCUGAUUGCUAGUGGUGAUGGGCAGCUGGUGACACAAUUAUAUAGUGACCUGGAAAAUAAAUGUCACUUUCAGUUGCAGAAAGAUCUACUUGAGAAACUUCAGCAGCCUCAGGGGUCACUGGACGAGGAGGACUGUUUAGCUGCCAUCCACUCUGUGUACAGUACUACAGGGUAUAUUUUGGACACACACAGCGCUGUUGCUAAAGUAGUUGCAGAUCGAUUACAAGAUAGAACAUGCCCAGUUAUCAUUCCAUCUACAGCUCAUUAUUCCAAGUUUGCACCUGCUAUCUUGCGGGCUUUAAGGAUUGCAGAAAUAAAACAAAAUCCAUUAAGUCAGCUUCACUUACUGAGUUCUUACAGCCCUUUGCCUCCAGUCCAUAAGGGCCUGUUAAAGACAUUGAAAGAGAAUGAAAAGCAGAAACAUCAGAUCUGUGCUGCUGAUGUGAGUGUCAUGAUGGAAUAUAUAGAAACUGCAAUACAAAAGAAGUUUAUGAAAGUGUUCUAAGUAAACUUGCUUGGUAUUUACUAUACCAGUUUAAAUAUUUUCUUCACAAAAAAGUCACGCAUUGAUGCAUAGUACACAAGGUCUCAAGUUUAUAUUCUGAGUACACUUUCUCAUGUUCAGUUUAAAACACUUUAACAUUGAAUUUUUAAAAUUGUUCAUGAAUGAGAGAAUUCUAAUGCUAAUGGCAGCUGAAGAGAUUGAGGGGCUCUUUUUCAGAAAAAAAUAUAGUAUGGACAAAUCAGUAGUAUAGGUUUCUGCCAAUGUGCCUCAGCCCUAAUCUUGGAGGCAGCACAUCUAAAGUGAAAAGGUAAUCCUUUCUGAAAUGGCUAACAAGUGCUACAAUUGUUUGUUGUGUGUGUAUGUUAAGUGCUUUGAGUACUUGUCCACUGGGAAUUUAGCUAAACAUUACACUCAUUACACCUGAGGCACUGCGGAGCCUUCAGAUGUAAUAACAGCUUCCAUCUUCUCUUCAGCUGGGAUACAUUUAAAUUGGAAUCCUUGAAGUAAAAUUACCUAUAUCCUAUUAUCCAUACAAUAUUUCAAUAUACCUUCUCUUAAUAUAUUGCUUUUGUAUUGACCGUAGCUGAAGUUUUUUAUAUAAUCAUGUAUUCUUGUUCUCCAUCAAAGAUUUUUUCUUGUCAUGGGGGCAGUAUUUUGCCUUAUCAAAUAAAAGCUUUUCGUCUGUUUUAUGACCUUUUAAAGUAUAUUUCUUCCCUGAAUGUUCUUGCAGCUUCCAUUAGCUUCUGCUGAGGCUUUGUUGAGGUCACAAGUUUAUUGCACCAUCUUAUCUAACAGUAAAGGAUAGUAAUAUCAGAGGGCUUCUUGGAUAAAUGUAAAUGAAAAUACUCAAUUGUUGAAUUAUCAUCUUUGUAUUACAUUUUGUGUUGGCGUUAGGGACCCCAUAGGCUUUGGGAAGUAUUUAAAAUUACUUUUACUUAACAUGUCAAUUUUCUCCUCUGAUUGAGUAACUUUUGUGUAGCUGAGAAACCACAGAAAAUAAUUAUCUGAAGAUUGAAAUUAAAAUUAAAUGCUUCUAAAUGCAAAUCUAUUUUAGGUUACAUGGUCAGGAGACCUUUUCUAUAUCAGCUAAUAACUAGUGGUUUAACAGAUUUUUUUGCAUCAAAAAUAAUAGAUAUGAAUGUCAAAGUUUUUUGAUCAUUUUACCUUAUCUACUAAUUGUAGAUUAUAUUUGGCAACCAAGGGUGUAAAAUUUAAGUACUUGUUACAUAAUAUAGUGUGCUUUGUGAAAAUAUAAGCUGAUUGAAAUAAGAAUAGUUUGUAUAUGUUGUAUCAUACCUAAUACAAAUAAUAGCAUUUCAUGUCUAAUAAAGGUGUA